AUGAAAGUUCAGCAGGUCACGGCCUGCACGCCGGUCAUCAAGCCAUUAGUGCAAAAGCGGGAGAAGGAAUUUACCUAUCUCUUGAAGGAGCGUGUCUGCCCUUUGGUUAUUAAGCUCCUUUCCCCAAUGCUGCCCUCCGAUUUGGCCUAUGCAAAGUCAAAUGCCUCGGCGACUGGAGACUCUGCUGGAGCCAUUGGCGUGGCCUCUAUAACUGCCUCUGAAUUCGCUAUCAACGUGCGACUCUAUCGCAUAAUCCUGCUCCUGUGUUCCAAAUAUUUCAGUUGCUUGUACCGGGUACCGGUCAGAAAUACCGAACUCAUUUGGCAGAGGACAAAGAACGUGCCAAACGCACUUCGAUUUCCAUUCUCGAAUUACAUAAGAUAUCCUUUUGGUGUUGUCACUCCGAGUCUGGACCGUCUCAUCCGAGACGGUGAGUAUCCUCCUUGGCGCAAAGCCCUCGCGAUGGAAGUCCUCUUCAAAGUCAUUUCGCAGCCUGAUCUUCUCCAACGGGGUGUUCCCUCAGUGCUCCCCGGCGUCUACUUCCUCGCUGGCUAUACCGAAGGACUGCCAGCGAAGUACGAUGCCAUUGCAAAAGUGGGGUCGAUGCUGCGCUUGCGCUUUCAGCCGUAA